UCUGUCAUUCAGUCAGUCAUUUAAAAUUGUCAAGAGUAGAUGUGUCGCUAUUUAAUGAAAACGUAAUCGUUUUAAUUUAUUACUAUUAUUAUUAUAUGAACCAGUUUUACACAUACCUUUAGAAAAAAUAUUCAUCACUUUGUAUUAAAUCAAUUAAAAAGAAAUGAGUGAUAACAAAAAUGACAAAAAGGAAAUACGCGUAUGGUGUGAUGGGUGUUAUGAUAUGGUCCAUUUUGGCCAUGCAAAUUCUCUCAGACAAGCUAAAGCAUUAGGCGAUGUACUGAUCGUGGGUGUACACACCGACGAAGAAAUUUCAAAACAUAAGGGCCCUCCAGUGUUUACUCAAGAAGAGCGUUACAAAAUGGUCCGUGCUAUAAAAUGGGUUGAUCAGGUUGUAGAAGGAGCACCCUAUGUUACAACCUUGGAAACCUUAGAUAAAUAUCAAUGUGACUUUUGUGUGCAUGGAGAUGACAUAACAGUAACAGCAGAUGGAAUAGACACAUAUCAUUUAGUUAAAGAAGCCGGCAGAUACAGAGAAGUGCAGAGAACGGCCGGUGUGUCUACAACUGAUCUAGUUGGAAGAAUGCUCCUCCUCACAAGGGAACAUUUCAAGAGAGGUGACAAAGAGUAUACAGUAGCGCUGGACCACUCAUCAAACCUUGGUACAGACUCGACUGCCAGGUCUCCUUACACUGGCUGCUCACAGUUCUUGCCAACCACCCAGAAGAUUAUACAAUUUAGCAGUGGUCUUUCUCCUAAACCAACCGAUAAGGUGGUGUAUGUUGCGGGCGCAUUUGAUCUCUUCCACGUCGGCCAUCUUGACUUCUUGGAAGCCGCCAACGCGCAAGGGGAUUUCCUGAUCGUGGGCUUGCACACCGACCUCGAGGUCAACCGCUACAAGGGAUCCAACUACCCUAUCAUGAAUUUACACGAGCGGGUACUCUCCGUGCUCGCUUGCAAGUUCGUGCACGAGGUGGUGAUCGGCGCGCCGUACAGCGUCACCGCGGACCUGAUGGACCACUUCGGAGUGCAGGUGGUGUGCCACGGCCUCACCCCUAUAGCGCCCGACGCAGACGGCUCGGACCCAUAUAAGGUUCCCAAACAACGGGCUUGUUUUAAGACGCUGAAUUCCGGUAACUCGAUGACUACCGAGGACAUAGUUCAGAGAAUAAUCCGCCACCGUCUCGAAUUCGAGGUACGAAACUCGCGCAAGGAGCAGAAAGAAUUAUCGCUCAUAAAACCCCUGCAAGAAUAUCAUAUAAAACAAAAUGGCGAUUGCCAUGUUAAAAAUGAAUCUAGUUAAUUUAUAAUAACAUCGACAAAUUUCGUUACAUUCUCUUUAAUAUAUUCAAUUCGUAUUACUGAUAUAGUGAAAUGUUAAAUAAUUAAUAUUUGACUAGAUUAUAAUUUAUAUUGCGUAUGAAUUUCCUCGUUUACCCGCCUAUAAAUAUAUUUACAAGUUAGUUGCCUAUACAUUGUCAAAUGUACACAAAAAAUUUUUGAUUUUAUUUACUUUUGUAGUAUGUGUGCCGUUUAGUCUUUAUAUUUUAUC